UGCCUGCGCGUGCGCAUGCGCCGUGGCGGGCGGGAGGGUGAAGUGCGACUCUUCCAGCCCCAGAGCCCUUGCACCUGGCAGCCUCUUCUUCUCCCUCCUCCCCGGGCGCGGCCUCCGGGAGCAGACGCCGGUCCAAGGGAAAAUCCAGCUGUGUUAACCUUGGGAGCUGGUGGAACUGGAGCAUCGUUGAGUCACGGGGACCUCGUGGGCAUUGCGUGGAAGAGUUUUUGCCCGGCGGGAGGAUAUUCAGCUGCCAGAGCCCUGAGGGAUGGUGGCAGUCCUACUCCAGGACUUGGGAUAUUCAACCUUCCAGCACACUUUUUUGGUGCAUCCAAAGUGCAAGGUGUAUUAGCACAGAGUGCUCUUUGGGACCUGCUGGCGUACUCGCUGUCCUUGCUCGCCACACCAGAAAUCGGUCAGUGAUUCUCCUCCUCGUGCUCGGAUCACUUGGUUUGCUUGGUCUCUUCGCACAUUUUGCACCAGGACUUGGUGAAACCUCUUGUCUUUUUUUGCACUUUCACAUGUUUCUAACCAAUGGACCCCUCUUCAAACCAAAUCCCUUUUUGGAUAUUUACCCAAAAAAUAAUUAUUUGCAUCAGGACGUGAAAGUUUCUUCUUGCCUGUUUUGGCACUGGAAGUCUGCAGAGUAGUAAUAGUAACGGAUUAUCUGUGCAAACAGUUUCAAAUCAGGAACUCUGACAAACAGCUCACUGAGUGAAUCAGAUAGCUGUUGAUUGAUUUACUGGGUAAACCAUGGGUCAAGCCCUGCACUCCCUUCUUAGCCACACCCAUGGAAAAUUCACUUGAUAAUCAAGAGGUGUCUGGACACCACAUAGUAGCAGAUCACAGGAGAUCCAUGGUAGACAUGCAUUUGCUGUAUGGUGGAACUUCUUGUUAUGCAGUUCAUUUUGCUACCUUCUUAAAUUAUCACUUCUUUUUUAUUUAUUAAGAUUUCUGGAUGAUCAUAAUUUUAACAUUUCCAGGAAUGUAUUAGAUUGUUCCACCACCCUCCCAACAACAGCAACACAGUAGCUACACAAUGGCUUCUGUCCGGUUCAUGGUGACCCCUACGAAAAUCGAUGACAUCCCAGGCCUCUCUGAUACCAGCCCUGACCUCAGCUCCCGCUCUAGCUCCCGGGUUCGCUUCAGCUCCCGGGAGAGUGUUCCUGAGACAACCCGGAGUGAGGGCAUGAGUGACUUCUCUGUAGCGACUACAUCACUGGCUACGGUAGCAGCUGAUCCAGCUAGUGAUAAGAUAUCCAACCCUCGUGAUGUGACAGAAGACAUGAGUCAAACUUCCAUCACAGGGGAGCAGUGUCAGCUUUUAGACCCUGGGCACAAAAAGGAUCUCCACAACUAUCUCAAUAACAGCAACUAUGAGGAUGGCGAUGAGUACUUCGACAAGAACCUGGCACUCUUUGAGGAGGAAAUGGACACCAGGCCUAAGGUGUCCUCUCUACUCAACCGCAUGGCAAACUACACCAACCUGACUCAGGGGGCACGGGAGCAUGAGGAGGCAGAAAACAUCACGGAAGGCAAGAAGAAACCCACCAAAAUCCCCCAGAUGGGCACCUUCAUGGGCGUCUACCUUCCUUGCCUGCAAAAUAUCUUUGGAGUGAUCCUCUUCCUGCGUCUCACCUGGGUGGUGGGCACAGCUGGAGUGUUGCAGGCCUUUGCCAUUGUCUUCAUGUGCUGUAGCUGUACUUUACUGACAGCCAUAUCCAUGAGUGCCAUUGCCACCAACGGAGUUGUACCAGCUGGGGGUUCCUACUUCAUGAUCUCCCGGGCACUAGGCCCUGAAUUUGGGGGUGCUGUGGGGCUGUGCUUCUACCUUGGUACGACCUUUGCUGCUGCCAUGUACAUCCUGGGAGCCAUUGAGAUCUUUCUGAUAUACAUUGUCCCUGCGGCGGCCAUCUUCCACAGUGAGGAUGUACUGAAGGAGUCAGCAGCCAUGCUGAACAACAUGCGGGUCUACGGUUCUGCCUUCCUCCUCCUCAUGGUGCUGGUGGUCUUUGUCGGGGUGCGCUACGUCAACAAAUUUGCCUCACUCUUCCUAGCCUGCGUCAUUGUCUCCAUCCUGGCCAUCUACGCUGGAGCUAUCAAAUCUUCCUUUUCUCCCCCCAGCUUCCCGGUCUGCAUGCUGGGAAAUCGCACACUCUCUCGUCGGCACAUAGAUGUCUGUGCAAAAACCCAGGAACAGGGCAACAUCACAGUGCCCACCCGACUCUGGGGUCUCUUCUGCAACUCCAGCAAGCAGCUCAAUGCCACCUGCGAUGAGUACUUUGCCCACAACAACGUCACCUUCAUCCAGGGCAUCCCAGGUCUGGCAAGUGGCAUAAUUACUGAGAAUUUGUGGGCCAGCUAUCUGCAAAAGGGGGAGAUUGUUGAGAAGCCCUCAGUUCAUUCUGUCGAUGUGCUGGGAGCCAUGAACCAAGAGUAUGUGCUGGCUGAUAUUACCACUUCCUUCACCCUCCUCGUGGGAAUCUUCUUUCCCUCUGUCACUGGUAUCAUGGCCGGUUCAAACCGCUCUGGAGACCUGAAAGAUGCUCAAAAAUCCAUCCCCAUUGGCACCAUUCUAGCCAUUCUCACCACCUCCUUUGUCUAUCUCAGCAACGUGGUUCUCUUUGGGGCCUGUAUUGAAGGAGUAGCACUGCGGGACAAGUUUGGUGAUGCAGUGGAUGGGAAUCUGGUGGUUGGCACACUCUCCUGGCCUUCACCCUGGGUCAUUGUUAUUGGUUCUUUCUUCUCCACCUGUGGAGCCGGACUGCAGAGCCUCACUGGUGCCCCCAGGCUGCUGCAGGCAAUCGCCAAGGACAACAUUAUACCCUUCCUACGGGUAUUUGGCCAUGGCAAAGCCAAUGGGGAACCAACAUGGGCACUGCUCUUGACAGCAGGCAUUGCUGAACUGGGUAUCCUCAUUGCUUCAUUGGACCUUGUGGCUCCUAUCCUGUCUAUGUUCUUCCUCAUGUGUUAUCUCUUUGUGAACCUGGCCUGUGCAUUACAGACUUUGCUGCGUACCCCCAACUGGAGACCCCGCUUCCGUUACUAUCACUGGGCACUCUCCUUCAUGGGCAUGAGCAUCUGCUUGGCACUUAUGUUCAUUUCUUCUUGGUAUUAUGCCAUCAUAGCCAUGGUGAUUGCUGGCAUGAUCUACAAAUACAUCGAGUAUCAAGGAGCUGAGAAGGAGUGGGGUGAUGGGAUCCGGGGCCUGUCCUUAAGUGCUGCCCGCUUUGCUCUGCUGAGGCUGGAGGAGGGACCCCCUCACACCAAGAACUGGAGACCCCAGCUGUUAGUGCUUCUGAAGCUAGAUGAGGACCUGCAUGUGAAGCACCCACGCCUGCUCACCUUUGCAUCACAGCUCAAAGCUGGCAAGGGCCUUACCAUUGUGGGUUCUGUCAUGGUGGGCAACUUCCUGGACACCUAUGGAGAAGCCCUAGCAGCUGAACAGACCAUUAAGCAUCUGAUGGAGUCGGAGCGGGUAAAGGGUUUUUGCCAGGUGGUGGUGGCUGCCAAGGUUCGGGAGGGCAUCUCCCACCUCAUCCAAUCCUGUGGCCUUGGGGGCAUGAAGCACAACACGGUCGUGAUGGGCUGGCCCAGUGGCUGGCGCCAGAGUGAGGAUGCCCGUGCAUGGAAGACCUUUAUUGGCACUGUAAGGGUCACUACAGCUGCCCGACUUGCCCUCUUGGUGGCCAAGAAUGUAGCCUUUUUCCCUAGCAACGCAGACCCAUUUGUGGAAGGCAACAUUGAUGUGUGGUGGAUUGUCCAUGAUGGUGGCAUGCUCAUGUUGCUUCCCUUCCUGCUCAAGCAGCACAAGGUGUGGCGUAAGUGCAAAAUCCGUAUUUUCACGGUGGCCCAACUGGAGGACAACAGUAUCCAGAUGAAGAAAGACCUGGCUACCUUUCUGUACCACUUACGAAUUGAAGCUGAGGUGGAGGUGGUGGAAAUGCAUGACAGUGACAUCUCUGCAUAUACCUAUGAGCGGACUUUGAUGAUGGAACAGCGUUCCCAGAUGCUGCGGCAAAUGAGGCUCUCCAAGACAGAGCGGGAUCGGGAGGCUCAGCUGGUGAAAGAUCGCAACUCCAUGCUGCGCCUAACCAGUAUCGGCUCUGAUGAAGAUGAGGAGACUGAAACCUACCAGGAGAAGGUGCACAUGACCUGGACCAAGGACAAGUACAUGGCAUCCCGUGUCCAGAAAGCAAAGACAUUAGAGGGUUUCCAGGACUUGCUCAACAUGAAGCCGGACCAUUCCAAUGUGCGGCGUAUGCACACAGCUGUGAAGCUCAACGAAGUGAUUGUGAACAAGUCGCAUGAUGCCAAAUUGGUUCUGCUGAACAUGCCUGGACCUCCACGUAACCCUGAGGGCGAUGAGAAUUAUAUGGAGUUCCUGGAGGUGCUUACAGAAGGCUUGGAACGUGUGCUGCUGGUGCGUGGGGGUGGCAGUGAGGUCAUCACCAUUUACUCCUAGUGCCCUCCUGCAUCUGGCUGGCUGCCUGCCUUCAUUACACUGUAGCACAUUUGACCAUUCCUUUACCUGCCUGCCUCCCCCUAGGAGCCAUCUUCUGCCACUGCAGCCUUCUUUUUCUGUCACAGAAUGAGGCCUGCUUCUUUCUCCUUAACAGGCUACCUGGUUGUUAGCCAUGGCUCAAUGGAGUGUGUAUGCGAAGGGUGGCUCAAAGCUGACACUUCCUUGGUCCUAACCCUGGAGCUGAUACAGAUCAGAAUUAGCGUAGCUAGGGGCAACUGGACAGAUAAAUGGAGUGGGAUAGUAGAUGUGGUGGGGGCACACCCCACACUGAGCCAUUACCUGAGCAUCUAAUCUGUGGUAAGAAGGGGGAGGAAGUGAAGGGACGUAACCUGAAGGGGGUGGGAUGGAGGUAGAGAUUGUUACACAGCAGGGCAGGGAGGGGUAGUAUGGUACAGAAUGAAGUAGAGGACAGAUCUAAAAUGGAUAGGUUGCAGUGGGGGAAUUCCCCCUCCCCAGGAGUCAUGUGGAGCAGGUAUUCUCCAAUUCCACUUUCCAUGCAGUGCCAAAGCUGCUUUGCUUUUCGUAUUAUUUAAGUAGAGAAAAAGAGUGAGUGCAUGUAUGGAAGAGAAGUAGGGGACUUUUCAGGCUCUUCUGGACUAUCCCCCCCCCCUUUUUGUCUAGUCUGACCCAGGCCCCCAUAACCUUUCUUCUCACUUAGACUGGCUUCAAAGGAAUCUGGUGUUUCAGGAACUGGGGCUUUGGUGACUGUUCCAUUGGUUUGCCAGAGCAGAGCACCGACAGGCACUGGCACAAAAUUCCCUUUCUGCCUCCCUGUCCUAAUAAUCAGGGACUCCUUUGGGCCCCUUCCUUCCCAGGAGGGGCUGCCUAGGAGUGAGCACCAGCUUUAUCCUAUCACUGGCUGUAAUUCUCUGGUGGCUGUAGUGAAAGGUCUGGCUGACCACUCAGAGUUGUUUUUGGUGUUACUAUUUUAACGAUCCACCAAUGGCUCAAGCUCACCAAUUACUUGUUCUAACCUCACAGUGAUAGACCCAAGAUAAAUGAGGAAAGGGAGCAUUAUCAGUCCAUGGUACCCUAGUUCACUGGUGGGGUGGGGGGAUUCUUAGAAGUCUUCUUUCCCUGUUUCCCCCAUAAUCUGUUUAUCUUAAAAACUGUUUAAACCCCCCCCCCAGCAAAUGCACUGGGGGAUGCCUGGCCAAGAGCAAGUGCAAUCCUAAAGGGAGAGCAAGUUCCCUUUGUGUUAGUGAGCACAAGGAGAUGCUUACUGUAUUCCUAAUCAUGGCUGGCUAAAAUGGUUACUAGGACCUUAAAUCACCCAGGAGCCUCAAAACCAAUAAUAAUUUAAAAAACAAACAAAAAAAAAACCCCUUCUUCCUUGCUUACUUAUUUUGAAGGGAUUUUUUUUUUUAGUGAGGGUGGGAUUUUUAAUUUAUUAGGGGACAAGAGGCCCCUGUUUACAUGUCACUCUUUAUGUGCAUUUUUUUGCUCUGUAACAGAACUGUAAAAAAUAAAAAAAUUUUGUACAUGA